AUGUUGGAGAAAAGAUCUCUCCGUUUAUUACCGUCAGCAAGUGAAAGACCACCCACCAAAGUGCCUGCUUCAGUCCUCGUCCACCAUCACUGGAUCCUAGAAUCCUUCACCGUCAUCAUCAAUCUGGAGAAAGAAAAAGAAAAUGAGAGAAGAAAAAGAUUCCUUCUCGUUUCUGCACUUUUGCUUUCAAUCAUCGCAAACUCGAUCAAGUUUACAUUUAAUUUCGAGACUGAUUCUAGUUUAUCAAUGGAUCCGUCUUCGAGUGCGGAUUUUGAUUAUUUGUUCAAGCUGUUGUUAAUUGGGGAUUCAGGAGUUGGUAAAAGUUCUCUUCUGUUGAGUUUCACUUCCGCAAAUGCAAUUGAAGAUCUUUCUCCUACCAUUGGGGUUGAUUUUAAGGUAAAAUUUGUCACCAUAGAUGGGAAGAAGUUAAAGCUUGCUAUAUGGGAUACUGCUGGACAGGAAAGAUUCAGAACUUUAACAAGUUCAUAUUACAGAGGAGCUCAAGGCGUUAUAAUGGUUUAUGAUGUAACACGUCGAGAAACAUUUACAAAUUUAUCCGAUAUAUGGGCCAAAGAAAUUGAUAUGCACUCAACAAAUCAAGAUUGCAUCAAGAUGCUUGUUGGAAAUAAAGUUGAUAAGGAAAGUGAUAGGGUUGUCACAAAAAAAGAGGGAAUCGAAUUUGCAAGGGAAUAUGGAUGCCUUUUUAUAGAGUGUAGUGCAAAAACUCGGGUGAAUGUGGAGUUGUGUUUUGAGGAGCUUGUUUUAAAGAUUAUGGAUACACCAAGUCUGAUUGCUGAGGGAUCAGCUGUUAUGAAGAAAAACAUAUUCAGACAGAAGCCUCCUGUUUCAGAUGCAUCAACCAGUGGUUGUUGCUGAAGUUGAUAUGUGUUUCUUUCUGUUUUUUUAAAUUUCUAGUACUUUUCAUAAUUGUGUAGCCAUUAAUUCGUUCAUAAAGGAAGUGUAUAUUUCAUCUUGAUGGGUUGCUUGUUUUUGUUUCUAUGUUUAUUUGAAAUAUCAUUUUAAUGUUACAUCGAUUUGUCUUCUCCAUAUUAUGAACGUGUGUAUGUAUAUAUUUUUUAACAUCUAAUAGCAAUGUGCUCAUGUUUACUUAUCG